AUCUUUGUGCACGGCACUGAGCCUGGCCCAAAGAAUCUGAGACCGUCCUCUGUCAACAUAGUUAUGUUUUCCUGCGACUCCAAGAGUGACGUCCAAGGACACCAGUCAGACUUGAUGGACGCACACAGCCGCCUCGGCAGCUUUGGUGGCAUUCGGAGGCGGAGAGCGCGAGCGGGGCCGUGGCCACCGCCGUGACCUGUGACGGAAGCCCAGUGCCUGGCUUCUAACGGCUGAGCCGGGGACCUGUCGCCACAGGCCCCUCCCCCUGUGACCACGUCCAGGCUCGGGCCAGCCCUCGGCUCGCGACUAGCGGCUUGCAACUGCGACCCACCGAGGCUCCGCCCCGCGAGUCCUGCUCCACCGGCCGCCCGCCCGGCCCGGUGGGCGCGGGGCCGCCUCUACUGGCUGGCGGCCGUGACUUGGUGACCUUGAACCUAGAGCCCGAGAGGGGAACCCACUGACCCCACAACCGUGCAGACUUUGCCCAGCGCGAGGGGCGGAGCGGACCGAGUGUCCGCAGACAGACUGGGACGAUGUUAGCCUUUGCUGCCAGGACCGUGGUAAAGCCCCUGGGCCUCCUCAAGCCCUCCUCCCUGAUGAAGGUUUCUGGUCGCUUCAAGGCCCACCAGGAUGCAUUGCCGAGGCUGCCUGUGCCCCCACUCCAGCAAUCCCUGGACCAUUACCUCAAGGCACUGCAGCCCAUCGUGAGUGAGGAAGAGUGGGCCCACACCAAGCAACUGGUGGACGAAUUUCAGAGCUCAGGGGGUGUAGGGGAGCGCCUGCAAAAGGGACUGGAGCGCAGGGCCAAGAAAAUGGAGAACUGGCUGUCAGAGUGGUGGCUGAAGACGGCCUAUCUCCAGUACCGCCAGCCUGUGGUCAUCUGCUCCAGCCCAGGAGUGAUGCUGCCCAAGCAGGACUUUGUGGAUCUGCAGGGGCAGCUGCGGUUCGCUGCCAAACUCAUCGAGGGUGUGUUGGAUUUCAAGUCCAUGAUUGACAACGAGACCCUGCCAGUCGAGUUCCUGGGGGGAAAGCCGCUGUGCAUGAACCAGUACUAUCAGAUCCUGUCCUCUUGCCGUGUGCCGGGCCUUAAGCAGGACUCCGUGGUGAAUUUCGUAAAGACAAAGAAGCCGCCCAUGCACAUAACCGUGGUGCACAACUACCAGUUCUUCGAGCUGGAUGUGUACCACAGUGACGGGACACCCUUCACCUCUGAUCAGAUCUUUGUGCAACUGGAGAAAAUUUGGAACUCAUCACUGCAAACUAACAAAGAGCCCGUUGGCAUCCUUACCUCCAACCACCGCAACACCUGGGCCAAGGCCUACAACACCCUCAUCAAAGACAAAGUAAACCGGGAGUCGGUGAGCUCCAUUCAGAAGAGCAUCUUCACUGUGUGCCUGGACAAGCCAGUGCCCAGAGUCUCGGACGAUGUCUACCGCAACCAUGUCGCCGGCCAGAUGCUCCACGGCGGUGGCAGCAAGCUCAACAGUGGCAACCGCUGGUUCGACAAGACACUGCAGUUCAUUGUGGCAGAAGAUGGAUCCUGUGGGCUGGUUUAUGAGCAUGCAGCGGCAGAAGGGCCCCCCAUUGUCGCUCUUGUGGACCAUGUCAUGGAGUAUACGAAAAAGCCUGACCUUGUGCGGUCUCCUAUGGUGCCCUUGCCCAUGCCCAAGAAGCUGCGGUUCAACAUAACCCCUGAGAUCAAGAAUGACAUUGAGAAAGCCAAGCAGAACAUCAGCAUCAUGAUCCAGGACCUGGACAUCGUGACGCUGGUAUUCCAUCACUUUGGAAAGGACUUCCCCAAGUCAGAGAAGCUAAGCCCUGAUGCCUUCAUCCAGCUAGCCCUGCAGCUGGCAUACUACAGGAUCUAUGGACACUCAUGUGCCACAUAUGAAAGUGCUUCUCUGCGCAUGUUUCACCUGGGCCGCACUGACACUAUCCGCUCAGCCUCCAUGGACUCACUGGCCUUUGUCAAAGGCAUGGAUGACUCUAAUGUGCCGGAGCUCGAGAAGGUGGAGCUGCUUCGGAAGGCCGUGCAGGCCCACAGAGCCUACACUGACCGAGCCAUCCGAGGAGAGGGCUUUGACCGGCACCUGCUGGGACUGAAGCUGCAAGCCAUUGAGGACCUGGUGAGCAUGCCCGACAUCUUCAUGGACACGUCCUAUGCCAUUGCUAUGCACUUCAACCUUUCUACCAGCCAGGUGCCUGCCAAGACAGACUGCGUCAUGUUCUUCGGACCGGUGGUCCCAGAUGGUUAUGGCAUCUGCUACAACCCCAUGGAGGCCCACGUCAACUUUUCCGUGUCGGCCUACAACAGCUGUGCGGAGACCAAUGCUGCGCGCAUGUCUCACUACUUGGAGAAGGCUCUGCUGGACAUGCGCACUCUCCUGCAGAACCACCCCAGGGCCAAGCUCUGAGCCCAGGCCAGGGCCUGCCAGCACCACAGCCAAGCCCUCUUUGGGAUGGACACCUGCCAUGGCUCAGUUCCUUGGCUCCUGUGCCCUCCAAUUUCACUGAGCCAGGCAAAGUCUCUAGCAGGGCCCCAAGGUCCAAGCCAAGUGCCUCUCAGGUCCUGUCCUCAGCACCUGCCAUAGCCCAAUGCCAGAGUUGAGUUCAGAGGCUGAACAAGACUAAGGCCUAGGUCCUCAACAUGUCAUCCACCAACAUGAGUCCCAGGGAAGGGAACCAGUCUAGCCCAUCCCUCCUCACAGCAGGAGCCGUGAAGAGUUCCUUUCCUCAGCCCUGACCAAUAGCUACCGUCUCCACAGCCCAGCUGAAAUCUGUCUUCAUCCAUAAACGCCCAAGGACCAGGAGUCAGGGUUAUCUAGCGCUGAGUGGCUCUCAGCCUCCCCGAGGCUGAGGGUCAAGUCUUUGUAGCCAAAGGGACACCGGAGGCCUCGCCUCCAUCACUCCACCUCAAGGUGCCAUCUCCCAGCUGCCACGCUCUUUCUGGUGACUCUUGCCCCAGCCUUCUUGCUUCCAUUCAGCUUGAUUCCAGAACUACAUUCAUGGUUACAUAAUGUGACUAUCCAGGUGAUCAAUAAAGGCAAGAAGUGCUGGUGAA